UUCGCCUCAGACACUACAAUACCCAGGAUUCCUGGCAACUACGUCACCAGUGUUGACAUCCGCCGGCAGGCCGAUCCACAGCUCAUGCUACAGGCUGCUCCGUUGCAGAGAUACAGUGGAGAGGCGGUGUGUGGAUGAGAGCCUCAGAGCAUCAUGUCUCCACCUCGGCUCACCGGUGCCCUGCGCUCCUUCUCCCAUGUCAGCAAAAAGGAGCACCUCACUGAACAGCCCUACGAUCUCAAGACCAAACGUCUGAAGCGACAGGAGCUGUUUGCCAGAGAGGGCCUGACUUGGCAGAAGAUUGUCCAUUUCUGCACCGAGCAUCAGGACAAAGCUGAGCACCAAGCUGCCAGUCAGGAACUGAAGAGCUUCCUUCUGGCAGCCAAACAGAUUGUGGGGGAUGAACACGGUCAGGAGGCCAUUGAAAGUGCUGCUGUCUUUCUGUUUGAGACCUUCCACAACAAAGACCAUGUGGGCACAGAGGAGACCCGGGCCAUUAGACAGAUGUUUGGCCCCUUUCCGUCAGCUGCAGCCGAAUCCUCCUGUGCCUCUGUGGCUCGGCUUGUGGCUUCACUUGGAAACUCCCAAGUUGAAGAUUUUAUUCAGACCCACACCUCCCAUCACAACCCACAACGGGGCUCCGCUUUUGGACGCAACAUUGUCUUCUCAUAUGAUUGCUACACAUUGGACCCACUGGAGGGCCUGCCCUUGUCCGCUCCCCAUGAGGAGAACAUUAGCCUGGACUUUAUCAACUUUCUAAACAACCAGCAGAGCGGGAGGAAGGCCACCAGUGAGGAGGAGGUGUCCAGCUCAGGCAGAUCUACCGGCUCUGGGGAUGGAGCUACCCUAAGAAUGGAGGUCGAGAAGUACCUGAACAGAGGCAACAUGAUCUCAUCCAGCCCAGAGGAGCUGUGCACAUCCUUGUUUGAGAUGCUGGCCUCGCACAAGAGUGAUGAUGAGCUACAGAAUGAGCUGUUCGAGCUGCUGGGACCAGAUGGGCUGGAGAUGAUCUCCACCCUCCUCCAGCGAAGGAUGGCCAUCGUCGACUCCCUCCUCACUCUCCCAUCCGAUAGGAUUGGCUUCCCACCAGAUCUGAGCCAAAAAGGGGAAAUGAAGCCUAUCUACGGGUGCCAGGUGACCAUCCAGUCGGAGCAGGAAAAACAGAUGAUGAAGAAUUACCGCAGGGAGGAGAAGAGAGAGAGGAAGAAAGGCAAAGGAACAGACGAUGGCGACAUCUCGGAUGCUUUUAUGCCCUUCGACCCCAGAGAGAUGAGAGCCCACCGGGAGCAGGCCCUUCUGACUGCACGACGUGAGCCUGUACUAGGCAGAGAAAGAGUGUACCAACGAAUUCAGUAUCCCAACGUCUACGACGUCUACACGGAGGCCACAAAUAUGCCUGCAUUUGUUGGAGGAGCCAGGAUUUUGCUCCCUGAGGGAAUCCACAGAGAGAACAAUAAGAUGUAUGAACAGGUGGAGAUCCCCCCCAGCGAGGCCAUGCCUAUCGGCUUUGAAGAGAAGCCGAUCUACAUCUCUGAACUAGACGAGAUCGGGCAGCUGGUGUUCAAGGGGAUGAAGAGUCUGAACAGGAUCCAGUCCGUUGUCUUUGAGACGGCCUAUAACACCAACGAAAACCUUCUGAUCUGCGCUCCAACUGGCGCCGGCAAGACCAACAUCGCCAUGCUGACUGUUCUCCACGAGAUCCGCCAGCACCUGCAGCCAGGCGGUGUCAUCAAGAAGGACGAAUUCAAGAUUGUAUAUGUGGCUCCAAUGAAGGCCUUGGCAGCGGAGAUGACUAAAUACUUCAGUAAGCGAUUGGAGCCACUGGGCAUCUCUGUUAAAGAACUCACUGGAGACAUGCAGCUAACCAAAGGAGAGAUCCUUCGAACACAGAUGUUGGUGACGACUCCAGAGAAGUGGGAUGUUGUGACCAGGAAGAGCGUCGGAGAUGCCUCUCUCUCUCAGAUUGUGCGACUGCUGAUCUUGGAUGAGGUUCAUCUCCUCCACGAGGAUCGAGGUCCGGUACUGGAGUGCCUGGUGGCGAGGACCAUCAGACAGGUGGAGUCCACCCAGAGUAUGAUCAGGAUCCUGGGACUAUCAGCCACCCUGCCCAACUACCUGGAUGUGGCCUCAUUCCUUCAUGUCAACCCUUAUAUUGGCCUCUUCUUCUUCGACAGUCGCUUCAGACCUGUGCCCCUUGGACAGACCUUUGUAGGCAUCAAAAGCACCAACAAGAUCCAGCAGCUUCAUGACAUGGAGGAGGUUUGUUACAACAAAGUUGUGGAGCAGGUUAAAGCCGGUCAUCAGGUGAUGGUGUUUGUCCACGCCCGUAAUGCUACAGUGAGGACGGCCUUGGGAAUGAUCGAGAUGGCAAAGAACGUCGGAGAGAUCACCUUCUUUCAACCAAACCAGGGUGCAGACUAUGGCCAGUGUGAGAAACAGAUCCAGCGCUCCAGAAACAAGCAGAUGAAGGAGAUGUUCCCAGAAGGCUUUGGGAUCCACCAUGCUGGCAUGCUGCGUUCUGACCGCAGUAUGAUGGAGAGCAUGUUCUCCAAAGGCUACCUCAAGGUGCUGGUCAGCACUGCCACACUGGCCUGGGGAGUGAACCUGCCGGCCCAUGCAGUCAUCAUCAAGGGCACUCAGAUCUACGACGCCAAGCGCGGUGCCCUAGUGGAUCUGGGUAUCCUGGAUGUCAUGCAGAUUUUCGGCCGUGCCGGUCGUCCUCAGUUUGACAAGUACGGCGAGGGCACUAUCAUCACUUCCCAUGAUAAGCUGAGUCAUUACCUGACCCUGCUGACUCAGCAGAACCCCAUCGAGAGUCAGUUUCUGGACAACCUGGCUGACAACCUCAACGCUGAGAUUGUGUUGGGGACAGUCACCAACGUGGAGGAGGCAGUGAAGUGGCUGAGUUAUACGUACUUCUAUGUUCGCAUGAGGGCCAACCCACUGGCAUACGGCAUCAACCACAAGGCUUAUCAGAUGGAUCCGUCCUUGGAGCUGUACAGGAAGGAGCUGGUGGUGGAGUCUGGCAGGAAGCUGGACAAGGCGAGGAUGAUCCGCUUUGAGGAGCGAACCGGCUACUUCGGAUCCACUGACCUAGGAAGGACCGCCAGUCACUUCUACAUCAGAUACAACACCAUAGAGACGUUCAACGAGCUUUUCAACUCUCAGCGAACAGAAGCUGAUGUCUUCAGUAUCGUGUCCAAGGCCGAGGAGUUUGAACAGCUAAAGGUUCGUGAUGAUGAGACGGAGGAGCUGGAGCAGUUGCUGUAUAACAACUGUGAGCUGCAGGCUGCAGGCGGCGUGGAGAACGGCUACGGCAAGGUCAACAUUCUGCUGCAGACGUACAUCGGCCGUGGGGAGGUGGACAGCUUCUCGCUCAUCUCAGACCUGUCGUAUGUGGCACAGAAUGCUGCUCGAAUCGUCAGGGCGUUGUUUGAGAUUGCUCUGAGGAAGCGGUGGCCGGCCAUGACCUACCGACUUCUCACCCUGUGUAAAGUGAUCGACAAGCGGCUGUGGAGCUUCGCCCACCCUCUUCGCCAGUUCCCCAACCUGAGUCACAUUGUGCUGAACCGCUUGGAGGAGAAGAAGCUCACUGUGGACAAACUGAAGGAGAUGAGAAAGGAUGAGAUUGGUCACAUGCUGCACCACGUCAACAUCGGCUUAUCGGUCAAACAGUGCGUCCAUCAGAUCCCCUCGAUCACCAUGGAGGCCAAUAUCCAGCCAAUCACGCGCACCGUCCUGCGUAUCCGUCUCCUCGUCACACCGGACUUCCACUGGAAUGAUCAGGUCCAUGGGUCAGUGGGGGAGCCAUGGUGGUUGUGGGUGGAGGAUCCCAUCAAUGAUCACAUCUACCACUCGGAGUACUUCCUCCUGCAGAAGAAACAGGUAGUAACAGCGGAGCCGCAGCACAUCGUGUUCACCAUCCCCAUCUUUGAGCCAUUGCCCUCUCAGUACUACAUCAAGGCAGUGUCUGACCGCUGGCUCGGGGCCGAGGCCGUUUGCAUCAUCAACUUCCAGAACCUCAUCUUACCCGAGAGACACCCCCCGCACACAGAGCUUCUGGACCUGCAGCCGUUGCCGGUGACGGCUCUGGGUAACCCUCAGUUCGAGAGCCUGUACAAGUUCACUCACUUCAACCCCAUCCAGACCCAGAUCUUCCACACGCUGUACCACACCGACACUAAUGUCCUUCUGGGGGCGCCAACAGGCUCUGGAAAAACCAUCGCUGCAGAGAUGGCCAUGUUUCGGGUGUUCAACGAAUAUCCGACCUCUAAGGUGGUGUACAUCGCCCCUAUGAAAGCCCUGGUGAGAGAAAGGAUUGAGGACUGGAAGGUCAGAAUUGAGCAACAACUUGGAAAGAAAGUGGUGGAACUGACGGGUGACGUGACUCCAGACAUGAGAUCUAUCGCGCAGGCCGACCUCAUCGUCACCACACCGGAGAAGUGGGAUGGAGUGAGCAGAAGCUGGCAGAACCGAAGCUACGUUCAGAAAGUGGCCAUUCUCAUCAUCGACGAAAUCCACCUGCUUGGUGAGGACAGAGGUCCCGUGUUGGAGGUCAUUGUGUCCAGGACCAACUUCAUCUCCUCUCACACGUCUAAGAGUGUGCGAGUGGUCGGUCUGUCCACAGCUCUGGCCAACGCUCGAGACCUCGCCGACUGGCUAGGAAUUGGACAGGUGGGUUUGUUUAACUUCCGUCCGUCUGUUCGCCCCGUGCCGCUAGAAGUUCACAUCCACGGUUUCCCAGGACAGCACUACUGCCCCCGCAUGGCCAGCAUGAACAAGCCCACCUUCCAAGCGAUACGCAGCCACUCCCCUGCCAAACCAGUGCUGAUUUUUGUCUCAUCGCGACGACAAACUCGACUGACCGCCCUGGAUCUUAUCGCCUACCUGGCCACAGAGGACAACCCCAAACAGUGGCUGCACCAGGACGAGAGAGAGAUAGAGGACAUCAUCGCCACAGUUAGAGAUUCCAACCUGAAACUGACGCUGGCAUUUGGGAUCGGCAUGCACCACGCAGGCCUGCAUGAGAGAGACCGCAAGACUGUGGAGGAGCUGUUUGUCAACUGUAAGAUCCAGGUUUUGAUUGCCACCAGUACUCUGGCUUGGGGGGUGAACUUCCCCGCUCACCUGGUGGUCGUCAAGGGAACUGAAUACUUCGAUGGCAAAACCAAACGCUACGUGGACUACCCCAUCACAGAUGUUCUGCAGAUGAUGGGUCGAGCAGGUCGGCCUCAGUUUGAUGAUCAGGGAAAAGCGGUAAUUCUCGUCCAUGACAUCAAGAAGGAUUUCUACAAGAAGUUCCUCUACGAGCCGUUCCCUGUGGAGUCCAGCCUCCUCAGCGUGCUGUCAGACCAUCUGAAUGCUGAGAUCGCUGCAGGAACCAUCUCAUCCAAACAGGAUGCAAUGGACUAUAUCACCUGGACAUACUUCUUCAGACGGCUGGUGAUGAAUCCCAGUUACUACAGCCUUGAAGACAUAGGCCACGAGUCCGUUAACAAAUACCUGUCCAGCCUGGUGGAGAAGAGCCUGCGGGACCUGGAGUGCUCUUACUGCAUGGAGAUACAUGAGGACGAUCGGACCAUUGUGCCACUGACUUAUGGACGCAUUGCCUCCUAUUACUACCUGAGGCAUCAGACCAUCCGCAUGUUUAAAGAGCGGCUGAAGGCUGAGAUGCCCAUCCACGAGCUGCUCUCCGUUCUGACGGAAGCAGAGGAGUACGCCGAGUUGCCCGUCAGACACAACGAGGACCAGCUGAACAGCCAGUUGGCGCAGCAGCUCCCACUGCAGGUCAACCCCCACUCCUUCGACAGCGCCCACACCAAGACCCACCUGCUGCUGCAGGCCCACUUCAGCCACGCCCAGCUACCGUGCAGCGACUACACCACCGACACCAAGACGGUGCUGGACAACGCCAUCCGAAUCUGUCAGGCAAUGCUGGAUGUUGCUGCAAAUGAAGGCUGGCUUGUUGCAGCCAUCGGCAUUUGCAACCUGGUACAGAUGAUUAUUCAGGGUCGCUGGCUGCACGACUCCUCAUUAGUGACACUGCCACAUGUGGAACAACAAGACCUCUAUCUGUUCAGGAAGUGGGCAAACAGGAAGGAGAGGAGGGACAGAGGAGGCUACAAUGGACCAAUUGAAGGACUUCCUGAGCUGAUUGCCGCCUGCAAUGGAAAAGAAAGUGUUUUCGCUGCUAUCGUCGGACAAGACUUCAAUUCAAGUCAGAUUGCCCAGGCUUGGUCCUUCCUGAGUCAUCUCCCAGUGCUGGAGGUUGAGAUGAGUGUGAAGGGCUGGUGGGAGGAGAAGCAGGAGCAGACGGAGAUCCGUCUACCUGCAGCUGGAGCGAACCUGAGAGACGAGAGCCGCUGGCUGCGUGUCCACGCUGACCAGGAGUACGUCCUGCACGUGUCACUGAGACGCAUCAACCUGGGCCAACAGAGGAGGAAGCAGGACAGUAAGGCCCAGGCUCCCAGGUUUCCCAAGGCGAAGGAUGAAGGCUGGUUCCUGAUAUUGGGGGAAGUGGAUCGCAAGGAGCUGCUGGCGGUCAAACGGGUUGGAUACGUGCGCAACCGCAUGUCCGUGUCGGUGGCCUUCUACACACCAGAGAAGACUGGGAAGUGCAUCUACACGCUGUACCUGAUGAGUGACAGCUACCUGGGUGUGGACCAGCAGUACGACAUCCACCUGAAUGUAACGCCUGCCAGCAUCGCGGCCCAGGUCAACACAGAGGUGUCCGACUCAGUGACCGACCAGCGCCGCAGCUGAGGAAACAAAACACGACUCUGUGACUCUGUGACUGUGUUACAGGAGGGAUUCUUAUCUCACACAUGUCACUGAUCUGUGUCAUUUCUGACACAGAUCAGUGGCCUUCAUCUCUUAUGUGUUGUGACCGCAUUGCAUUCUGGUCUGUUAAGGCUUUAGCAAAAAAGGUAAAUUUGUGCCUCAUUUAUUUUUGAUUUCUUAGAUUAUUUAGCACCAGUGAAGAAGGUGACAUUUUGGUUUCUUAUUUUAUUUUAUUGAUGGAACCUAAUUAAACACUGAAUUAUAUCAGGUGGCAAACUGCUGCUGCUGCACUGCUCUCUAUGAGCUGGAGCUUUAAAGUGUGUGUAACGUCUGGCCACAUCUCAGCAGAUUCAUUAACAUCACUGAUGGACACUGUGUUCCACUUCAGAUGGACUCUCUGUUUUCACAGCCAGUCUGUCCCAUCCACAAUUAAUGAAGUUUUCUUUUGCUAAACUUUGAAGAACAGAAGCAGUCCUUAGUUUCUGAGAUUCCUCUUCACGCUCAUCUGUGACCUCUGUGAGACUAAAAGCCUCCAGAUGUUUGAAAGGGAUUGGUUUACACAACUUGUCCUCUGAGUUCUACAAAUCUCAGACACUGUUGGACAAUCAAGUGUUUCCCUUUUUCGUUUGUGUUGGCUUUUCUACUUUGAUGAAGACACCACAUGUUCAUCCACCACAUCCACUGUAGGAGGCGUCCCAGCAGUCCAACAUUCACUUCCACUCUGUAUGCCACUGUGGUUUGUGUGGGGAAAACUGAGCUCCACAUUUACUCCAAAAAAUAAUAAUAAUCAAUUCCAGCCAAGAUACAUGACUGAGGCGACUCCAGAGUAAACAAGCCAUUUGUUUUCUUUUCAUAGACCCAGGAUAAAAAGUGCUUCCUGAGCAUCCUGUCAAAACUAAAUAUUGUUUGGCCUGAAAAUACACAAGAUAAUUGAUAAAUAUUCACUGUAGUCUUAUAGUGCUUCCAUCCCCCAGGGAGUUCAAAUCAUAAACCUGUCUUCAUGCUGCCAUUUGACUGUAACACUACCUACUGUAUACUUCCACUGGUAAUUUGUUCUAACCUAAACUGAAAUAUUCCUGGACACUAUCAUAUAAAACCUGUAUAAUAAGUGAUGUGAUGUUGGCAGAAUGCAACAUGCGUUACAGUUUCAGCUCGACGGAACAACACAUCAGCUGUUUUCUGUAUGACUCAGUGUUGGUGUGUUUAACAGAUCAGAAAUGGAUGAUUGAUCCAGAAAUACGAUGUUGAAAAUAUCAGAAAUUAUGUUUUAUAUUCUUUUUUUUUUUGCUUUAAAAAGGGGAGGAGCAAACAAAGACGCGGUUCUGAGAAUAAUCAAUAAACCCACCUUGAAACAA